AUGGCACCCUUGCACUCUUUGCUUCCAUUGGCUAUUUUCGUUUGGCUCCAGGCCUCCUUUCCAUGUCACGGCAGUCAGGUGCAGCUAAAUUCAAAUUCAAACUCCCCGGAUGUUAGCUACGUAAUUCUUAUCGACGCUGGCUCUACUGGAAGUAGAAUGUAUAUCUACAAAUUCCACUUGAACAAACAGGAAAAACUAGAGAGUGUGUCAGAUGUUGAGGAAGUGGACAACUCGCUUGGUAAAGUCAAACCUGGCCUGUCCUCGCUGAAUAAAUUGGAUGGAAUUUCAGAAUACCUGGAAAAAUUCAUCACGGCGGCAGCAAGAAUCAUUCCUGAAGAUAAACAGACUUCAACGCCUUUUCUUUUGCUGGCAACCGCUGGGAUGCGUCUGCUAACCGAGGCGGAUCAAGUAGCCAUUAUGAACUAUGUGAAACAGGUCUUGAGUAGUGAUCGCUCACCAUUCCUCUUCAAAGAGGACUACGUGCAAAUCAUUUCAGGCAAAGAGGAAGCCAUAUACGCUUGGAUUACAGUGAAUUUCAUCCAGGGAGUGUUAACCUCGAAAAGAUGGACCCCAUCAUGGGGUGUGUUGGACAUGGGCGGGGCCUCUACCCAAACCUCAAUGCGCCUUCCCAGAAAAUCUGAGCUCGCCACCAUCCUGAAACUGGGAAAAAAGAAUUACAAAUUGUUCGCUAAAAGCUACUUAGAUAUGGGAUUGGCUAGGAUUCACGAUCGCUUCUUGGAGUUUUUGGACGAGUGGGAAGACAAAACAGUUGAUGAUAAAGGAUACAUCAAAAGCCCUUGUCACCACAAAGGCUUUAGCGAGACCUUGAACGUUGGGGGCCAGGAGAUGAGUAUCACUGGGGAGCCUGACUCGGCGAUGUGCCGGAGGCUCAUCGACGAUAUGGUGUUCUGUGCGAAUAAACAUCCAAACCAGGAAUGUCCCUUUGAUGACCAACCGAAGCUCAAUGGAAAAUUUGUUGCAUUCUCUGCUUUUUACACAAUAAUUGAGCGUAUAGGCGCAGUAAUUUGUGAAGAUAAGCCCGUUAGUAUUGAGCAAAUCGGCUGCGCUGCGAAAAAGUUUUGCUCCAAGCCAUACAAUGUUGUGAAACCCAUCGACGAAGGCUAUGUUAAAUUUUCAUGUCUGUGGGGAAACUAUGUGUACGAACUUUUGCAAAAGGGUUACAAGAUGCCUGCGAACAAGAAAAUUUUUGUCGAGAAGGAGCUUAAAGGUUUCUCGCUAAGCUGGAUCAUGGGCGCUGUUUUGUACAAAACUGACCUACUGUGA